AUGAGAUUCCUAAAAUUGUUAUUAAAUAUUGGCGUAAUAUUGAUUACAAAAAUGAUUUUUUGCAUCGGUAAUAAUUUAGAAAUUAUUGAUCGUUUACCCAACAACACGAUACCUAUUCAUUAUAACAUCAAUCUGACACUGUAUCUCGAAGAAGGCAACUUUACUUUUCAUGGUGAAUCCAAUGUCAAUAUCGAGAUUCGUUAUAAAUCGUCAAAAAUAAGCUUACAUUCGAGAGAUUUAGAAAUAAAUGAAACAACGACAACAUUGAUUAAUGACAAAAAUACGGUUUAUAAACCGAUGAAACAUAUUCAUAAUAAUGUAACGAACAGUUUGACACUGAAUUUUAACAAUAUAUUAUUACCCGGUUUUUACAUCUUAAAUAUGAAAUUUUCUGGUAAUCUAUUACCUGUAUCUCGGCAAGGAGGUUUUAUGAAAUUUCCGUACACAAUUGAUAAAGGAAACGACACUAAAUGGGUAGCUGUAACGUAUUUCGAGCCGAAUGACGCCAGAAGAAUGUUUCCAUGUUGGGACGAGCCAGCGUUAAAAGCCACCUUCAACAUUUCUGUAAAGCAUCAUCAAAAGUAUGGUGUAUUGUCGAAUAUGCCAAUACGACAGCAAUUUUUAGAACAAGAUGGCAUGAUGCAGACACACUUUGACAUCACUCCUAUAAUGUCUACUUAUAUUGUAGCGAUUGUAAUGUCCGAUUUUAUCCGCGUUCCUAAUGCAAAUGAGACAAUCAAUAUGUGGUGCAAGUCGUCUUUAUCGUCGAAAGUAAAAUUCGCACACAGUAUUGCUGAAAAGGUCGUAGAAUUCUUAAUUCAAUAUACUAAUAGUUCUCAGAAGGUUCCAAAAAUGGAUCACGUCUUGAUAUCGAAUUUUACAGUUAGUGGCAUGGAAAAUUGGGGACUCAUCAUUUAUGAUGAAUCAAAAAUUAUCUACGAUGACAGCAGCGAUCCAAUAUAUCGGAAAACAGAAGUAGCAUUAAUAAUAGCACACGAACUUACACAUCAAUGGUUUGGCAAUUUGGUUACUCCAUCUUGGUGGCCCUAUCUGUGGUUAAGCGAGGGAUUUGCUGCGUUCUUCGAAACGUACAUAAUAAACAAGAUUUUCCAAGAUUGGCGGUUGAUGGAUUUUCUUCUAAUUCGAACAAUACAGCAAUGUUUUCUUAAAGAUAUAAGCUCAAUGAACUCUGUUACAUUGAAACUUGGCAAUACUCUCGAAAAGAAGUCGUUGUUUUCUGAUGAAGUUUAUAAAAAAGCACCACUUUUAUUGCGCAUGUUACAUAAUAUAAUUACUGAUGAGAUAUUUAGAAAGGGUCUUAUUACGUAUUUGACUACGCAUCAAUUUAGCUCAGCCAGUCCAGAUGAUUUGUGGAGCGCCAUGCAAAGUGCUCUAGAUGAAUCUGAUGUCCCAUAUAAAGAUUAUAGAAUAAAAGAAGUAAUGGAUACUUGGAUGAAUCAAGAACGUUAUCCUUUUGUAGACGUGGUAAGAAAUUACGAAACUGGCGAAGUAACAAUAUCACAAACAUGUGUCUGGCUAUAUGGUGAGACUGAGAAUAAAAUUACUAAGUGGUGGAUUCCUAUAACUUUCGCUACGCAGUCCAAUCCGGAUUUCUCCAAUACUGUACCUCAUUAUUGGUUACGACCAGAUCAACAUAAUAUAAGCUUUAUAAUUAACCCAGAUGAUUGGAUUAUUGUCAAUUUACAACAAACUGGGUAUUAUCGUGUUAGUUACGAUAUCAAGAAUUAUCAAAAAAUUGCACAUUAUUUAAAUAGUGAAGAAUAUAAAAAUAUACAUGUUGUUAAUCGUGCUCAAAUCAUCAUUGAUUUGCUUGCUAUGGUGUUUGCUGAGCGGAUAAACGGAUAUUUAUUCGUCCACCUGAUAAGUUAUCUCUUUCAAGAGAGAGAAUAUGCGGCAUGGCAACCAUUAUUUCAAAUAAUAGAAAGUAUAUCAAAGAUUUAUUUACUGCCAGAGUUUUAUCAUAUUAAGGUACGUUUAAUACAACUCCUCGAGAGACUUCUUUACUACAUAGGAUAUGUAGACAAUCCUAAUGAUGACGAUGUCACAAAACUGGUAAGGCUAAGCGCUUUAAAAUGGGCAUGUACUCUUGGUCACGAGGAAUGCAAGAAAAUGGCCGCACUUAAAUUAAGUGAACAUCUCGUGGAUCCUAAAACUCACAAAAUUUUAUAUGAGGAGGAAUUUAUGUACUGUAUUGGUAUGAUGGCAGCCAAUAGGACUACUUGGGAUAAAAUGUUGGAAUUAUAUCUAAAAAACGAAAAAUUGAAAAUACAAAUAUUAGAAAGUUUGAGUUGUGCUGAAGAUCCUGAUAUUAUUAUCAAUUACUUAAAUAUUAUAUCAUUGAACACUUCAUUAUUUCACGAUGAUGAGCAUUCUUUUGUUUUCAAGAAUGUUCUUGAGAAGUAUGCGUGCAACGACAAAAUCCGUGACUACGUAUUAAAAAAUGUGGAGACUAUAAAACCUAGAUCAUUUACUACAACUGCAGUGAUAAAGCUUAUUCUUGAAAAUGUUUACUCUAACGAACAAAUUGACAAGAUUUUCGAAAAUUAUAGGCGGACGACGGAAUUAUUUAUGAUUCAGAAAAUACAGCAAUGUCUUUUUCAAGAUACAGGUUCAUUAAAUUUUGUCACAAUGAAACUUGGCAGUACUCUUGAAGAUAACUUUUUUAAAUUGAAUUCUCUUGUUUAUGAAAAAGCAUCAAUUUUAUUACGCAUGUUACAAAAUACAGUUACCGAUGAGGUAUUUCGAAAAGGUCUUAUUACAUAUUUGACUAAGCAUCAGUUUAACUCGGCUACUCCGGAUGAUUUGUGGAGCGCCAUUCAAAGUGCUCUAGACGAGUCUGAUGUGCCGCACGAAGAUUACAGAAUAAAAGAAGUGAUGGAUACUUGGAUGAAUCAAAAACACUAUCCUUUUGUACACGUAAAACGAAAUUACAAAACUGGGGAAGUAACAAUAUCACAAACAUGUGUCUGGCUAUAUGGUGAGACUGAGAAUAAAAUUACUAAGUGGUGGAUUCCUAUAACUUUCGCUACGCAGUCCAAUCCGGAUUUCUCCAAUACUGUACCUCGUUAUUGGUUACGACCAGAUCAACAUAAUAUAAGCUUCACAAUUAACCCAAAUGAUUGGAUUAUUGUUAAUUUGCAACUCACUGGAUACUAUCGUGUUAGUUACGAUAUCAAAAAUUGGCAAAAAAUUGCACAUUACUUAAAUAGUAAUAAAUAUACAAAUAUACAUGUUCUUAAUCGUGCUCAAAUCAUCAUUGAUUCAUUUAUAUUGGUGCUUAAUGAUCGAAUGAUUGGCUACUCAUUCCUUCAACUCAUAAGAUACCUUUCGAAAGACAGAGAUUAUGUGGCAUGGCAACCAUUAUUCGAAAUUAUGGAACGUAUGCCGAAGGCUCUUUUACCACCGGAAAUGAUACAUAUUAAGCUACGCUUCAAGCAUCUCUUUAACGAGCUUCUUGAAUACGUAAAGUACGUAGAAAAUCCUAAUGAUGAUGAUAUCACAAAAUUGACAAGGAUAAACGCCUUAAAAUGUGCAUGUAAUCUUGGUAACGAGAAAUGCAAGGAAGUGACCGCGCUUAAAUUAAGCAAACAUCUCGCGAAUCCCAAAACUUACAAAAUUUCACAAAAGGAAAAAUUUAUGUAUUGUACCGGUAUGAUGGCAGCCAAUAGAACUACUUGGGAUAAAAUGUUUAAAUUAUAUUUAAUAAAUAAAAAAAUAAAAUCGAAACGAAUGAAUUUAUUGGAAGGUUUGAGUUGCGCUGAAGAUCCUAAUAUCAUCAUUAACUAUUUAAAUAUAUCAGCAUUGAAUACUUCAUUAUUUCACAAUAAUGCGCAUUCUUUUAUCUUCAAGUACAUUCUUAAAAAGCAUGCACGCAAUGAUGUAAUUCUUGAUUAUAUAUUAAAAAAUUUUAUGAUUAUACUUCCUAGAUCAUUUACUACACAUACAGUGAUAAAAUUUAUUCUUGACAAUAUUUAUUCUUACGAACAAAUUGACAAGAUAAAAAGAUUCUCAGAAACUACUUUCAAUCAUAGUCCACUCAUUUUGUCUGAAAUUAAAGAAUUGAUAUACAAGAAAAGAAUAUCUUACGAAAUUGAUAUGAAUAACAAGUUUACUUCAGAGAAUUUUUCGUCUAUUUCUCGCGAUAAUGUUUAUAUUUUCAAAUUGCCAGUACUGUAUCUAUUGGAUGUGGAGGACAUACAACGAUGCUUACUUCAAGAUAUAGGUUUAUUGAAUUCUAUCACAUUGAAGUUUUCGCUUGGUGAUACUAUAAAUGAACUUCCGCAGUAUUCUACUGAAAUUUAUAAUAAAUGUAAGAUUAGUCAGUUUAGCACAGCCACUCCGAAUGAUUUGUGGAGCGCCAUGCAAAGUGCUCUAGACGAAUCUGAUAUCCCGCACGAAAACUUCACAAUAAAAGGAGUGAUGGAUACUUGGAUGAAUCAAGAGCGUUACCCUAUUGUACAUGUGGAGCGAAAUUAUGAAACUGGCGAAGUAACAAUAUCACAAACAUGUGUCCAAUAUGAUGAGACUGAGAAUAAAACUACUAAAUGGUGGAUCCCUAUAACUUUCGCUACGCAGUCCAAUCCGGAUUUCUCCAAUACUGUACCUCGUUAUUGGUUACGACCAGAUCAACAUAACAUAAGCUUUAUAAUUAACUCAGAUGAUUGGAUUAUUGUUAAUUUGCAACUUAGUGGCUACUAUCGUGUUAAUUAUGAUGCUAAGAAUUGGGAAAAAAUUUUACAUUACUUAAAUACUAAUAAGUAUACGAAUAUACAUGUUCUCAAUCGUGCUCAAAUCAUUGCUGAUUCACAUGCCAUGGUAUUAGAUGAUCGAAUAAGUGGUUAUUUAUAUCUUAAACUUAUAAGCUACCUCAAGCGAGAAACAAAUGGUGUAGCAUGGCAACCAUUGUUAGAUAUUAUACAAAUUAUGUCGAAGCCGCUCUUCUUGACAGAAAUGAAACAUGUCAAGGAACGCUACAAGCAACUCCUUCAUAAACUCCUUCGAAAUAUAAAAUUCAAAGAAAAUCGUAAUGAUGACGAUGUCACAAAAAUAAUAAGGCUAGCCGCCUUAAAAUGUGCAUGUAAUCUCGGUAGCAAAAAAUGCAAAGAAGUGACCGCGCUUAAAUUAAACAGACAUCUCACAAAUCCCAAAACUUACAAAAUUCUACGAGGAGAAAAAUUUAUGUACUGUACCGGUAUGAUGGCAGCCAAUAGAACUACUUGGAAUAAAAUGUUUGACAUAUAUAUAAAAGGAAAAUUAAAAGAGGACCCAAAAAGAUUAUUGAUGGGCUUGAGUUGCGCUGAAAAUCCUAAUAUCAUCAUCAAAUCACUUAGUGCACCAGCAGCGAUAAAACUUAUUCUUGACAAUGUUCAUCUUUUCAAAGAUAUUAACAAGUAUCUCGAACUAAUCUGUUUUAGGUAAUAUAAACAGGAAUUCGAUAUGAUAUUCUUAAAGUUGUUAUUAAACAUUGGCCUAAUACUGACCAUAAAAAAAGUUUUCUGCAUCGGUGAAAGUUUAGAAAUUAUUGAUCGUUUACCGAACAACAUGAUACCAGUACACUAUAACAUCAAACUGGCACUAUAUUUCGAAGAAAACAACUUUACUUUUCACGGUGAAUCCAAUAUCAAUAUCAAGAUUCGUUAUGAAUCGUCAAAAAUAAGCUUACAUUCGAGAGAUUUAAAAAUAAAUGAAACAGCCACAACAUUAAUUAAUGACAAAGAUACAGUUUAUAAACCAAUAGAACAUAUUCAUAAUAAUGUAACGAACAUUUUGACAAUGAAUUUCAAUAAUGUAUUAUCACCUGGUCUUUACACCUUGAACAUGAAAUUUUCUGGUAAUUUAUUACCUACAACUACGAAAAUAGGUUUUAUGAAAUUUCCAUACACAAUUGAUAAAGGAAACGAUACUAAGUGGUUGGCUGCAACGCAUUUCGAGCCGAAUGGCGCCAGAAGAAUGUUUCCAUGUUGGGACGAGCCAGCGUUAAAAGCCACCUUCAACAUUUCUGUAAAACAUUAUCAGAAGUAUGAUGUAUUAUCGAAUAUGCCAAUACGAGAGCAAUUUUUAGACCAAGAUGGCAUGAUGCAGACACACUUUGACAUCACUCCUAUAAUGUCUACUUAUAUCGUAGCGAUUGUAAUGUUCGACUUUGUCCGCGUUCCCAAUGCGAACGAGACGAUUAAUAUGUGGUGCAGAUCGUCUUUAACAUCGAAAGUAAAAUUCGCACACAGUAUUGCUGAAAAGGUCGUGGAGUUCUUGAUUCAAUAUACCAAUAGUUCCCAGAAGGUACCCAAAAUGGAUCAUGUCUUGAUACCAUCUUUUAUACCUUACGGCAUGGAAAAUUGGGGACUUAUCAUUUACCGUGAAUCAAAUCUUCUCUACGAUGAGAACAAAAGUUCUGUAAUUAAUAAAAAUGAACAAGCAUCAUUGAUAUCACAUGAACUUACACAUCAAUGGUUUGGCAAUUUGGUCACUCCAGAACACUUACUGCAACUCUUUAGUAGGCUUUUUCAGUAUAUAGGAUAUGAAGAAGAUCUUAAUGAUAACUACAUCACAAAACUGACAAGGAAUAGAGCCUUACAAUGGGCAUGUUAUUCUGAUCAUGAGGGAUGUAAGAAAAUAAGCGCACUUAAAUUAAGUGAAUAUCUCGCUAACAAUGAAAUUCACAAAAUUCCAACAUUUAUGUAUUGUACUGGUAUGAUGGCAGCCAAUAGGACUACUUGGGAUAAAAUGUUGGAAUUAUAUCUAAAAAAAGAAUCAGAAAAUGAAAAUAAUAAUAGAACCUUAUUGUUGAGUUUAGGUUGCGCUGAAGAUCUUGAUAUUAUCAUAAAUUGUUUAAAUACGGCAAGAAAUGCUUCAUUAUUUUCCAAACAUGAAUUACUUACUACGACUGCAAUAAUAAGUGUUAUUCUUGAAAAUAUUUACACUAGCGAACAAAUUGAAAAGAUACAAACAUUCAUAGAUACUAAUGUCAAUCUAGAUUCAGACACCUUAUCUGUAAUUAAAAAAUUAAUAGAACAGCGUAAAGAAUAUCUUAAGAAAGCUGCAGAUUACGCCAAGAAGCGGUUUUACUACACAGUAAAAGAUAUACACCUGAAGUAA